AUGGCGCAACACGGAUUGGACUGGGGCUCUCUCGUGGCCUUUGACAACGUCGCGGCUGGCCACGACGGUGUCAUGUCAGAUGCAUCCGGCAGCCUAAUCAUCAAGCCUUGCGUCGCUGCCGAGGUGGACUUCUACGAGGUCUGCAAUGCUGAGCAUCCGGACUUCGCUCAAUUGAUGCCGACGUUUAUGGGCAGUCUUCAACGUGGCCAGUCCAAGGAGCUCCAAGGUCAUCUCACUGCUGCUUCUGGACCUGGAGGCAGUGGAGCAAUCGUUCUGCCUGCAGCUCUGGAUAAAGAGAAGGAAGAGAACAGUAUAAACUCGGCCGAAGCAAAGAACCCGUUACGAGGAAAGAGACUGGAGACAGAAGUUGCUAUCGUGCUGGAGAAUGUGCUGGCCGGAUUCAAGAAGCCCAACUUUGUUGAUGUCAAGCUGGGCUCACGACUAUGGGCAGAUGAUGCACCACUCGCGAAACGUGCCAAGCUGGACGAAGUCGCAUCCCAGACUACUAGUGGAUCGCUCGGCUUCAGGAUAGCAGGCAUGAAGAUCUGGCAGCCUGAGGGCUCGGGAGAGUACAAGGUCUUCGACAAAUUCUAUGGUCGUCAACUUACUUCGGAGAACGUCAAGGACGCAUUUUCCGCCUUGGUCGGCCUCGAUCAGAAGACAGAGGCUCCGGGUGUGGUCAAGGAGGUUAUCACCAACCUUGAAGAGGCCGUUGGCUCAAUAGAGCACAUCAUCGCCAGCCAGGAGAGCAGAAUGUAUUCAGCAAGCUUACUGUUUGUCUACGAAGGAGACCCACACGCGCGAAAAGAAGCUAUAGAUGCAGCCGUUGCCCAGACGGCACAAGAUCAUGCUGACGCUUCUGUUGACAAGGCGCAAGCUAAAACAGGGCAAGGCGACGAGGAAGACGACGAGGAGGAUGAAGACGACGAACAUACUGGACCGAAGUUGUUUGACAUCAAGAUGAUCGACUUUGCGCAUGCGAGCUGGACGCCUGGACAAGGACCGGAUGAGAACAUGCUGGCUGGCAUACGCAGUGUUCGCAAGCAAUACCGAGACGACGACGAGACAGAACCAAGCAUAGUGACCUUUCGCGCAAUGUCGCUGUUACCCGGUCUAUCGCUAUCAGCGCCGUCGACCACGACACCACAACCAGACGCCGCGGCGCAUGCCCCUCCACGCACCGAAGAGCUGCCUCCGCGCUCAGAAUUGCGCUUCGAAGUCGCCUUCGCGAAAUCAUAUCGGAUACGCCUAGUACGAGGGACAGCCGAAUUGUUCGGCAGCGAGCUAGCGCCCAGUACGACAUACACUUUCAGCGGAACAAAAGGCGCAGUCUUCACAUGGCACGGAUGUACAUUGGAGCUUCAAGGCGAGGUUGAGAGCGAGUAUGUCGGAUCAGAGACUGAGGCCAUGGUCGAAUGGCUCAACGUCCACGGUAUGCUGGAAACAGCGCGCGACGAUGCUGGAAUUGGAAGAGAAAGCAAUGGCGGUCCCCGUGUCCUGAUCGUAGGUCCCGACGACAGCGGCAAGACAAGUCUACUCAAGUGCUUGACAGCAUGGAGCUUGAAGAUGGGAAGGACACCAACAGUCGUCAACAUGGAUCCGCGCGAGGGCCUACUCAGUAUCCCUGGCAGUCUGACUGCAGUCACAAUGGGCAGCAUGCUGGAUGUCGAGGACGGCUGGGGUAGUAGCCCGGUUUCUGGUCCUACUGGAGUACCAGUCAAGACGCCGCUGGUCUAUCAUCUCCCCUUUGUUUCCCCCGAGGACAACACGCGCAUGUUCAAGCCGUUAAUUACACGCGCCGCACUUGCCGUCACCAGCAGACUGGAGGAAGACGAAGAAGCAAAGCAGAGUGGCAUCAUCAUCGACACGCCUGGAAGCAUCAAUCAACCAAAGGGCAAUUACGAGCUCCUCAUGCACAUCAUCUCGGAAUUCAGCAUCAAUGUGGUUCUCACCCUAAACUCUGAAAGACUAUACAACGACAUGUUGCGCAAGUUCGCCAAUCCCAAGAGCUCCGAUGAAGUGGUCCACGUCUUUCGCAUAUUAAAGUCAGGCGGCGCUGUGGCCAGGGAUGAGGGACUCAUGCGUCAGGCACGCCAGCAACAGAUCAAAGACUACUUCUUUGGCGACAGUAGAACAUCGCUGAAUCCGCAUGGUCAGUGGUGGGACUUUGGCGAUUUGACCAUCUACAAGGCCGUGGAUGCUAGCGCAUCACAAUCACAAUUGUCAUUCAUGCCAGGUAUGGACUACGACGACGACUCAACAUCGGGUCAAGGCUCUGCGACGGUGCUGGAAAAGGCGACGCCGAGCCAAGGAAUGGUCAACGCGAUCAUGUCGGUCAAGUUCUGCUCGGGAAGCUCGUCUCUUGAUAACAUACGCGACAGCUGUGUCAUGGGAUUUGUCUAUGUGGCCGAGGUGGACGACGCCAGGAAGAAGGUGCGAUUCCUGGCUCCCCAUCCUAGCCGCUGGGGCGAUCGAGCAUUGGUUUGGGGUAACUGGCCUGAAGGAGUUGGUGAUUUGGUUGCAUAA